CCGCCGCUUCCGCCUCCGCCGCUUGGCCCGAGGCCCCCGCCGAAGCCGGCCAGGCGCGCCUCUGCCCUCCUGGCCAGGCGACGCGGCGGGAGAGGAGGGACGGCCGGCCAGCAGCCCCUCGCCAAAGUUUGGAGCGGGCUGGGCGGCGGCGGCGGCGGGGAGUCCGGAGCCGAGUUGCCCCGCGCCCCGAACUGCGCCUCUUUCUCCGGCGACUCCCGCUCGUCUCGGGCUGCCUGGAGAGGCGGCCCUUGGUCGUCUUGUGGGGCGGCUGCUGCUGCUGCGCGCCGCGCUCGCCCUCCUUCCUGGCCGCCGGCCUGCCCGCCCGGCCGCCCGCCUCCUCCCCUCGCUCGCUCGCUCCCUCGCCUGCCUUUGCUCACACACCAUGGAGUUUACGGAGAGGAAGAGAAGCAGGAAAUCCCAAAGCUUUAAACUGAUAAAUCAGGAUUAUCACCAUGAGGCAUACAAGAUCCCUGACUAUAGUAAUGAUGUUAAUGGGGAGGCCAAAGAAGCGCAACAAUUUUAUUUAGGAGAUGAAAGCCGGGAAAUUAAAAAACAAAUUACAGGGAUGAGAAGAUUACUGAAUGACAGCACUGGAAGAAUAUAUCAGAGAGUUGGCAAAGAAGGAGAAAAACUGAAGGAAGAACCCCAGGACUUAGAUUUGGCCUGGGCUCAGCGUCUGAAUCCCCCUGCAGAAACCCAGGCCAACCUCCAUCCAAGUCAGAGUGGCGCUUGGAAUGAAUUGUCCCCCCAGAUAAGCCACUAUUCAGGGCAAUAUGGAACUCGGUCCAAAACCUUCCAAAAUCAAGCAAGAACCGUAGGUGCAAAUGGAGAAAUUCCGGUGGCUAAUACUUCCUCUGGCUCAAAUUGUUGUACUUGCAAUUGCCAACCAGCAUUGCAAGCCAUUCUUCAGGAGCUUAAAACCAUGAGAAAGAUAAUGCAGAUCCAAGCAGUUGCUGCUCAGAACAGACAACCGCCCCCAGUUCCUCUGGUUUGCACACAGAAAUCAACACUUUCAAGAAAGAGAAAUAAAAAGAAAAAAAUACCUCCAAAGACUAUUGAACCUCUUACUGUGAAUAAAAAGCCCAGCACUGCAGAGAAUGAAAAAAAGCUAUCAGUAAACUCUGAAAGUUCUAGUGUGGAAGCUGCUGAAUCAUCCUCAAAGUUGGAGUCACAGGUUUCAGGAUUUGGCAUUGUCCUCGAAUCUUCAUCUUCAGAUCCAGAAGUGCAACUUGCUGAAGGCUUUGACGUCUUUAUGCCGAAAUCACAACUGGACUCUAUAUUAGCAAAUUACACUCGUUCAGGAAGUCUGCUGUUUCGAAAGCUGGUGUGUGCAUUUUUUGAUGACAAGACCUUGGCCAACUCUUUACCCAAUGGCAAGAGGAAAAGAGGUCUCAAUGACAACCGAAAAGGACUAGACCAAAAUAUUGUGGGUGCAAUAAAAGUGUUCACAGAAAAAUACUGCACUGCAAACCAUGUGGAUAAACUACCUGGCCCAAGAGACUGGGUACAGAUUCUUCAGGAUCAAAUCAAACUGGCAAGAAGACGGUUAAAAAGAGGCUCAGUAGAGACAACCGACUGUGAUGAGAAACUGGACCUUUCUCUACUACAAACAGGUAACCUCUUUGAAACCACACAUUCUGCACCAGUGUUUCACUAGCAGAUCCAGACGUCUUUACUUUUGAGCAGGACACCAGCGCUAUUUUCAGACUACUUCAAUAUCUGCGUUCUCUAUCAUGGCCUCAAUCUUAAGUUUGUUCAUGCUUUUGUAACAUAGGGUAACAAAGCCACAAAAUUACUUGUUUCUUAUUUUAAUCAGAAUAGACUUGUUCAGCAAGGAUAUAGUGCAGUUAAUCAGAUAACCACUGAAAUAGAACAAAUUUUGUCUUUAUGAUUGCAUUUCCCCACAUAAGUAUAUGCAUGCUGGCUGGCUGUUUGUUCCAUCUUUGAUUAAACAUUGAAACAUUAACAAAGUUAAGGGCCUCCCUUAGAAUGGUGUUCUGAAGGACCCCAUUUCAUAUUGGAUUCUUGUGCAGAAAUCAAAGGACCAAAAAACUUCAAAGUUAAUAAAUCAUUAGUCAUCUGUUCUGAAGACCCUUCUCUCUCCCUCUCUCCCUCUCUCCUUAGCCUUUGAUUUUCCUUCUUGGGUAAAGAUGGUAAAUUGCCAAGUAUUCUUCUCUGAAUAAGUUGCAAUAUGGUAUUUGACAAUAAGAGUCCCAAUAAUUGAUGCUAAUAUUGAUGCUGGUGUUUUGUCCAGAACAAGUAUUGGUGAACGUGGAAUGAACUGUUCUUAAUAUUGAGAUUACUCAGACAUUUUAUUUUGCAGACCAUUUGGUAUAACAACCCCCCUCAUCUCUCUCUCUCUCCCUGGCUUUUGAGUGCCAGCACCAUCUUGUAGUUCCCAAAAAGUUAUUUCAAUAAUUAUCGCUGCCAAUAGCCUCCCCAACACUCUUAUACAUGGCUUUUCUGUCAUUUUUGCAUGAGAUGUAGGGGAAAUACCAUUACAUUUGGGGUGUGUUGAUUUUCACAAAUGCUCAUGCCUUUCCUCAUGCCUCUUGAAGGAUCUGUCCAGCAGUGGGGGAAAUGAGUGAUAAGGAAGUGCAUAUAGGAACAUGUAUCCUGGUUUCCUUUGUUCAACUCAAAGGAACAUAGUAUCACACCUUCCUCCUGACCACGAGGAGUUCACACAGUUCCCCAACUAAGGAUAAUUCUGUCGUGAGUGGAUUGGGUGUAUAUAAUCUUCUUGCACUUACACUAUGGAAACUAGGUGUUCCAUAGUUACCCAUAGGCUUGAUUUCCAUAAAUCUUCAUCCCUUCAGUGAGAGGAAAUGAUAGCUCAUAUUGGGUCUCCACAUCUUCAGGCCUAUUUGUGAAGUGAAAAUGCUCACACAAUUACUUAUAUGUAAAGAGCAUACCCAUUCACUUCCUCCUCAUCUGGCAGGUGUGUGAAUCUGCCAAAAAAAAUCGAUUCCCAGUUUUCUCCCUGUGAAUAUUGUAGGCCAAGGAUGAAGGAAAUUGGCCCAGAAUCUGCAAAUUACCGCCCCCCUUAAUUUCCACGAAAGAUUUGUUAUUUGAAAUUUCAGAUAGAUGACCAAACAUCCUCUGGGUCAAGCUCCACACACUCCAUUGUCAUCAGAUAUAUUAAUAUUUGUUAUCCCCUGAAUCAUGGGUGGUGCUGGGAAAGAGAGGCCAGUGUACAAAAUCUGAACCCUAAAUUAUAUAUAUAUAUAUAUAUAUAUAUAUAUAUAAUCCCACCUUACCACUUGCCAGUUAAUUAAUAUUUAUAUUAAAUUCCUUCCAAAACGUAUAUAUUUAUCACCAUUGUGUACUGAUCUCCUUAUCUCAUUCCUCAGAGUUAAAACUAAAGCAAGUGUUCUGCCCCGUCAAAUAUUUUUGGCUUAUUUUAUAUUUCUGCUUUUGAAAGGAAACUUUGACAUGGGUGUUCAUAAAUUUAUACACUGGUCUUUAAGGUUAUUAACCACAAAAGCCCACAAAUAAUAUCUGAAGUUAUGGUUUAUGUAUUCUUGUUACCUUUUGAAGAAUCAGGCUUCUGUCCUAGUCUGUGUGUGGAAAGGUACUAGGUCAUACUUCCGAUGAAGGAUUAAUGAAUGUUAUAUAAUGAAAAUUUCAUAGUCAUCUUAAGCACACCAGAAGACACUGCUGUAGAUAUUUAUACAGAAUCUUUUGUGUUUGUUCAACUCAGGCUGAAUAACUACUUCUACUGCAGAUUAACACUUUUGUGGAAUUUUACACAUAAUGUGUAAUCAUUAUUACACAUAUAAUUAUUGAAAUGUGGCUGUGUUCUCUUGAUGACAAGAUAAACCUGACUUGCACUGCAGUCUUUAAAAAGUACAUUUUCUCCUUAGAGAUGGAAAGGAUUUAGAGACUGUUCCCUCUUGAACAGAACUACUCAGUCUCCCCAGUAAAUCUACAAAGAAGUCAUACAUAUAGUAACAGUUAACCAACAAUCAGCAUUCUUUUAAUAAAUCUUAAAAAUAAUAGUAUUCUUGUCUACUUACUGUGACUACUGUUCAGAUUUUUUUCAGAAGUCUUUUUAUAGGUUUUAUUAGGAAAUCAUUCCAUAUUUAGGUAAAAAAAAGUAUCUCAAUCUUAUGUAUAUAAGUUUUAUUAAUAUGUACAUAUUUAGCUAUUUUUUAAAUUACUAUGUUCUUAAUAAAACCAACAAGGGACUAGUUGUGAAUUGGUGCAUAAGAUUGUGUUGUGUUAUCAAUCUCUGGGAAUCUGUCAAGUUCAGAAAAAAACACACAAUAAAUUACUCUAAUUCAACAAGU